GCCAAGCUUCAUCAUUCUCAUCAAAGUAACCAACGCGUUCAUAUCGCUGAGUGACCGAUAAUUCCAUACAAGCAACAUGAAACUGUUUCCCAUCUUCUUAAUUCUUGGCGCAGGCAUUGCCUUGGCGUCAGGAAGGCAAUUCGAACGUUGCGAAUUAGCCAGAAUACUUCAUAAUCGAUAUGGAUUUCCUCGCAAUCAGUUGGCCGAUUGGAUUUGUCUUGUUGAAUGGGAGUCAAGUUUUAGAACCAACGCAGUAGGACCACCAAACAGUGAUGGAAGCCGAGACUGGGGACUAUUCCAAAUUAACGAUCGGUAUUGGUGCAAGAGUUCAAAUUAUAGAAACUCACAUAAUAUGUGUGGCGUGUCCUGUGAACAUUUGCUUUCGGAUGAUAUAACAACUGCAGUGAAUUGUGUAAGGAAAAUAUAUGCAGCACAUGGUUUUAGUGGUUGGAAUGCGUGGACGCAACACUGCCACUCACCAUCUAGUGUCGAUCAUUGUUUCGUUGAUGCUGAUUGUCUAUCCGGUGGAGUUUCUUUUGCUAAAGGUUGGCUAUGAGAUCCUAGCAGACUGACAGAGUGUAGAGCUAGAGCCAACUUCUACUGACCAAAAGAUUAUGUUAUUAUUAUAAUUUAUCAUAUGUAUAUCAACGAAGUUCAAAUAAAUGUGAUUCAAGAAAGUGUUCA